CCUCUUCAGCCUUCAUCGGUUACUGGCGUGUGUCGCUCACUGGCAUCGCGAUGGAUGACGCUCGGUACGGCAAAAGCGGGAGUCCGGAGCCUCUCUUCAGACUAGCGGCUGCACUUCCUGAGAAGAAGGAGGAGGAGGAGGAGGAGGAGGAGGAAGCAAACAGAUCCGGUGGGAUAGAGUGAGUUACGCAAUGCCCACCACGGGCAAUCAGCGGGAAGAACGAGUGCGCGUCUUAAACUUUUAAAGGUUUCCAACGCUACGAGCUAUAAAGUGCACUUGGUGAUUUCUGUGCUAAUUUAAAAAAGUUUUACGUGUAAAGAAGCAAUAGUGCCUUUGAGUGAUGCAGUCAUUAGUAUCUUUUAGGUCUUCUGGAAGCUAGGCUCUUUUACACACAUAGGCUCUAAUACUAAAUAUAAUAUAACCUCUAAUUUAUAUUUAAUUCAUACAUUUAAUACUUUUUUCAUUCAUAGAUUUAUACUGUAAAUUGCGGCCAACUAUUUCAAUUAUUACACAAUUAGAACGACCUUAUCUUUUAUGAUUGCACUGUUAAACACACAUAUUGAUAACAUGACAACUAUUGUUGUGUAUUUGCAGUUCGUUCAAAAAAUCAAGAUUCCACUCAUUGACUAGUAAGAGAGCUGUAUGCUCCCUUGUUACAAAUUAUCAUUAUUCUUAACUCUGUUGCAACAAGGUCAGAUUCUGCGUACUUUUUUGAGGUGAAAAGUCUAAAUAGGUAAUUAUGAGAAAUACUUGAAGAGGACUGGGGGAUUUCCUAGGACUGUCAAGUAAAGCAUUUCCUGUGUGGUUAAGAGGUUAAGAGAAAUUAUCUUUGAUCUUUUUUGUCGCUAAUAAAAAAGCAGACCUGUCUGCACUAAUACUGCUGAAUUUACACAGUCUCACUUCCAAAGAGUUGGCUAGAGUUGGUAAACAUAAGAAGGGGGGUGCCUUGGAAGAAAGUGGCCCUAUACAGUUCUGAAGACUGGGCUGCCACACCCACAUCCAAACCCCAGGAUGUUAAAACAACAAUACCAGUACAGGGGAAAGUGACCACAGUCAGCAUAAAAGGGCAAAUCCAACACUUCCAACUUCUCCUCCUUCCCACGACACUUUACCUGUAAUGUUUUUUUUUUUCGGUAAGAAUUGUGGAAAGUACCAGGUACUGAACUACAAUUACCUGUGUUUUGCUGAGAAGACACUGAUUUCCCCUUUGACUUACCACAUCAGUGUCCCACUUAUGCAGGAACAACAGACUUCUUACCCAAGAAAUUACAUUUAUUUGCCUAAGCAUAAGAAUAUAUUUUUACAGAUGUGGCUGUGAGCUCAGCCUUUAAUUGGGGGGCUAUAGUAAAUUUGUGCAAGUUCUAAUUUUUUUUACUCUAGGGAUUCCCUUGUAGGUCAGAGUCAUAACGAUUCAAAAUAAAGCUUAGGUCAGUUAACAUCAGAUACAUAUUUUUGUCGACUUUAGUCAUGCUGCAUGCUUCAAAAAUGCAAUUUCAUCACUCAAAAGUUAAAUAAAAGUGCAGCAAAUCAAAACACAUCAAAGUCCUUGUCAUCUUCCUUCCUUGUCUGAAUUUAAUAGGUGGCUGAAAUGUCCAACUUUGUGCUUUUGCAACAAAAGAUCGAAAGGUAUCACUGAAAAUCUAGUGUUGAGAAACUACCUUCCUUUUAAUAGACCACUUCCUGUGGAACCAACAGGCAUAAAGUUCAGAGCAAGGGUGGAUGAGCACUGUGCUGGAUGGUGGUUCCUUUUCUAAUUUUUGUUGUUUUUGGCAUUAUUUUGACACAUUUAGAGCAAUGUUAUUGACUAAACACGAUAAUAAACACAAUGUAAUGUCAGAAAAGACUGAUCUCAAAAUCCAAGGGUAUUUGCAUAAAAAUGUUAAUGAAUAGAAGUAAUCUGCUUGUUUAGUGUUAUCGCAAAUACAUAGCAUUGUGCAACAUAAAAUAAGAUAUGAGAGGUAAGAGUUAAAUCUCAUCACAUUUAUGUGUCUGACAUUGAAUGUAAAUUAACUAUGACAAAUAUACAUGAUUGCUCAACCUAUCCAGACUCUGCAUCACGUAAGGAGAUACAGCUACACAAUAACUGAGUGGUAACUAAAGUAGGAGGGAACAUUACACAUAGUACAUGUGAUAAUGAAGACGCAAAAAGAAAAAAAAAAUUCUGGGAACUCUUGUUGCCUCAGAAAGCUGGCUGCGUCAUUUCCUUCCAAUGACAAAUGUGUGGUUUCAGUCUUUAAAAACUUUUCAGAGUUGUGAUCAUGACCAGUUUGAAACUUGGUCUGUGAACGGAGAAUGAACUGUCAUGUUAGGAACAUGGUCUGCCUAUCUCAGAGAUCACAAGCAAAAUUCAGAAUAAUCAUCCUUAUCCUCAUCUUGAUUGCUGUUGAGUUAGUGCAUCCAACAAUGCCAUGCAAGCAUGAGAACUGCAGCCAAGUUCUUCACCGUAGUCUGAAGCUCACCAAGUCGAUGGCCAAAAGGUCAGCAGAGAUCUUAGAAACAUAUAAAACCAGUCAAGGAGAUUCUGCGGACCUGAUCUGUGAUAUGCAAAUGGACAAUGUUCCAGUAUCAACCAUUUCUGGCCAGACCAUGUCAGAGCGCAUCUUGAGUGUUUAUACCCACCUGAAAGAGUUUCUUCCGCACAUGAAGACAGUGAUGGAGCAGCAGAAAGACUUAAAUCCUCCAACAAACCUUGUGGUGGAGGGGCUUCACAGUAUGAUUACACAUGUUCACCACAUCGCUCUGAGGGUGAACUGUAUCUUACAAAUCCUGCAGCCAAAUAUACCCAUUCCUGAGCCAGCUGAAAGGCCAACGGGAAUUCCCCCCGCGCAAAAUAUUUUCCAGCAGAAAGCCUAUGGAUGCAUUGUUCUAUCUCGUCUUCAGGAGCUCCUUAGCCAAGCAGUUCAAGAACAGAAGUCUCUUAAGGGAAAAUUGUGCAGAAAGAGGAACAAAGAUCAGUUCUUGAUGAACUGAUGUUCUGUAGCAUAAAACAAUAUUGACGUAAUUUAUUCAUAUUUAUUUUUGUACAUCUUAACUGUUGAAGAGAUACCCAGAAUAUGUUUUGUUGAAAUAUUUAUUGAUAUAAUUUAUUUUCAUCCUAACUGCCAUAUCAAUAUACUGUAUGUAUGUAAGUUAUUAAAAAAAAAUCUUAAAAGGACAAGAGUGGAUAAUGUUAUUUGGCUGUCAUAGACUGUUGUGGUUCCUUGAUUUAUUUGACAGUAAAAAUAUUUCAAUUUGAUUUAGUUAUAAAGCAACAGCCGGCAUCAAAACUGUAAGCAGAAUGACUACGUGUUGGGUUUUGACCUGCAAGAAAGAAGGCUCAGAACCACUUUAGUUACUCAGGAUUUCCUAACAACACUCUAUGAUGUUAUAUAUGUCGUCACUUGUAAUUGUUUUGAUUACAAAGAAAUUUGCAGUGAUUAAAUGUGACGUCACAUGUUAGCCAUAUUGGCUUUUGUGGUCAAUACAAACGUCUAUAGCAUGAUCUAAAUAAACUAGUAAAAUGUAUAUGUCUGAGACGUCGCCUUCAGUUGAGACCAUUUUAGAAGAUAGGAAGUGCAAGAGACUGAUAUCAGCCCUUAAUGACGCAUUCAUUUCACCACAUCAGAAAGGGGGAAAAACUGGCUAGCCGUCUACUCUGUCACAAGGUAUGAAUGUGUGUGUGUGUGAGUGUGUAUGUGAAUCUCAAACCAUUCCCCUUAUAAUUAAAAGACUGUGCUCUAUACAUUUUGCGAAUGAUUUCUGUGAAUGUCCUGAGUAUGCAUGUAUAUAUAUAUAUAUAUAUAUAUAUAUAUAUAUAUAUAUAUAUAAAUAUUUUGAUACUUAUUUAUUUGAACCCAGUAAGUACAGUAUGUCAUGAUGUUAAUUACUUUGCAUUCCACCUUCAAAAUAAACUAAACAA